AUGACCGAAAGGAUUCUUGUUUCAACCCUAAUUGUCUGUGUCUUCAUGACGCUAUGUUGUAUUAAUGAAGCCUGUACAGAAGUGCUAAAUAAAAAUGCCUAUUUUCAAAUUAUUCGGAUGCUGUUCUCAUAUCCGGGUUCCGGUAAAUCGAUCUUGAUUACCAGUUUAAAAAAUGCUGUAUUUCGCCAGAAUUUUACAUGGGAUCAACAGCAGUAUGAAAGUUUCAAUAGUGGAAUUGAAGAUUUGAAAUACUAUGAAAUUCUGAGCGCUGCGUCUGGACGACUUGGAUAUUGGCGACGUAUAGGUGAAGGUAUCGAAAAUUUUUUGAAAAAAAAUCUAUCUCAGGAAGAAGACAUUAGGCAAAUCAAAUUAGAAGAUCGUAAUGGUAAAUUAUUUGGAACGUUUGGUAGCUUUGCUGAUAUGGUACACUUUGAACGAUGUGCGCAAACCGAUACUUUAACUACGGAUAUAACUACAGCAUCGACUGCUUCAACUGCAGGAAAAUCAUCAUCAACCACAAUCAGGAACUUUACUGAAAAUUCGUCUGAUUUACCUACAAAUACUACUGCUCUACCAUCGGCACAAAUGCUGUCUGUUGAUCCAGUGAAGUAA